UUAAAUCUUAGAUAUAUUUCUUUUAUAAAAAAUUAUAGGGAAGUACAAAAGUACAGGUUUGAAGUACGAGAAUCGAGUGAAGUCAAGUUUGCUGUACAGGUGUUCACUGCUUUGAAUAGCAACAACUAUGUUCGAUUUUUUAAACUUGUUAGAUGUGCUACAUACCUGAAUGCCUGUGUUCUGCACCGGUAUUUUACACAGAUCCGAAGCAGUGCCCUCGAAACAAUGGUGAAAGCAUACAGUACUACUCGUGGCGGAUCUUACCCGUUGGUUGAUUUUGUGCGACAGCUUAUCUUUGAAGAUGAGAGAGAGGCAUCUGAAUUCUGUGCCUCUCAUGGGCUUGAGGUUACUGAUGGUGAUAUCAUAUUUGAAAGCAAAUCUUCCUUUGUCCGGCCUAGUAGUGCCAUAAGUGCCAGGAGGGCAGUGAAGCUAAUUGAGGCCAAGAAUGAGCUUAGCAUCGGACAGGUUGUAAAUAACCGACAACCCUUACCUCCACUAGAACCCCAUAUUCCGAUAACUAGUUUUGAUUCUGAAGGCAAAUUCAUCGGACAAAAUAAGAUGAUGCCUGCAGUAACAGUAGAGGCAGUGGCACCAACUGUGGUUCAGCUUCAAACCAUGCAAGAAAAAGAAGAUACUAAACAACCAGAAUAUACAAAUGAACAGGUAAAGGGAGUAGCAAAAGAACUAUUUAUUGAAGUGAUCAAUGAGAUGUGUGUGGAGCUUAGCACAAGAUUAUUUAACGUUCUUAAUCAUCUCAUGAAAGACGAAGCUCCUCUGAUCCUGGAGAAUUUGUUGCAUGAAGUGACGGGACGUAUGAUACUUGAUACUGCCUCCGUGACAUAUGAAGAAGCACAGCUUGCCUGGAAACGAGUCCAAGAGGAGCGGCAAAGGUCAGAUACUUGUUUUAUGUUUAGAAAUUAACCCCCAAAAAGAUAU